AUGGCGUCUCUCACACGCGUGUUGCGGCCCUUGGCUCGCCCUGCUCUCCGACUGACCUACCGACCGCUUCACUGCUCACAUGCCUUCUCUACGACUCUUCGCCGGCGGGAGACGGAUCUAAGCGGGUUGACGCCAACGCCGAUCACGUACCUGUCCGAAACAGAAUCCCUGAUGGCGGAGACGGUGGCCAAGUUCGCGACGGAGCAGAUCGGGCCGAAGGUGCGGGAGAUGGACGAGGCAGAGACGAUGGACCCGGACGUGGUGUCGCAGCUGUUUGAGCAGGGGUUGAUGGGGAUCGAGAUUCCCGAGGAGUACGGGGGCGCGGGAAUGAACUUCACGUCGGCGAUCGUGGCGAUCGAGGAGCUGGCGCGCGUGGACCCGAGCGUCAGCGUGCUGGUGGACGUGCACAACACGUUGGUCAACACGGCGAUUUUGACGCACGGUGACGCCCGCUCCCAGCGCACCUGGCUGCCCAAGCUGGCGACGGGCACCGUGGGCUCCUUCUGUCUGUCGGAACCGGUGUCUGGCUCCGACGCCUUCGCCCUGCAGACCAAAGCCGAGAAAACGGCCGACGGCUCGGGCUAUAGGCUCAACGGGUCUAAGAUGUGGAUCACUAACUCCAUGGAGGCGGGCAUCUUCAUCGUCUUCGCCAACCUUGACCCUAGCAAGGGAUACAAGGGCAUCUCUGCCUUUGUCGUCGAGAAGGACACCCCGGGCUUCUCCAUCGCUAAGAAGGAGAAGAAGCUCGGCAUCCGUGCUAGCAGCACCUGCGUCAUCAACCUCGAUGAUGUCCUCGUCCCCGCCGCCAACUUGCUCGGCCAAGAGGGCCAGGGAUACAAGUAUGCCAUUAGCAUUUUGAACGAGGGCCGCAUCGGCAUCGCUGCUCAGAUGACAGGCUUAGCCCUCGGUGCCUGGGAGAAUGCAGCUCGUUACGUCUGGAACGACCGUCGCCAGUUCGGUCAGCUCAUCGGUACGUUCCAGGGAAUGCAGCACCAGCUGGCGCAGGCCUACACGGAGAUCGCGGCGGCGCGCGCCCUCGUCUACAACGCCGCCCGUAAGAAGGAGGCCGGUCAGGAUUUUGUCCAGGAUGCCGCCAUGGCCAAACUGUACGCCUCCCAGGUUGCCGGGCGGGUUGCGGGUUCCGCCGUCGAGUGGAUGGGUGGCAUGGGCUUCGUCCGCGAGGGCAUCGCCGAGAAAAUGUUCCGCGACAGCAAGAUCGGCGCCAUCUACGAGGGGACGAGUAACAUCCAGCUGCAGACGAUUGCAAAGCUCUUACAGAAGACCUACACGAAUUAG